AAAAGUCUAAAUAAAUCAGAAAUGAAUUCCAAAAAAUAAAUCCCCAAACCAGAACUCGAGGGUCUCGACUCAGUCCGGAUUCCUUUCCCGGGCUUCCCCUCCGUCAAUCUCCGCCGCCGCGCCCCGUCAAUAAUAUCGCCCAACCGCCGUAACGCAGCUCCUCUAGGUCGUUAACUUAAACCAUUAUCCACCAAUUACUCGACAUCAGAAAAUUUGUAGAAAUAAAAGCCCAAGCGAUUCAUGUUUUAUUUUUGAAAUAUCUUAGACUGAAACUGGUAGAUAUUGGCAUCUUCAUCAAUGGCGUGGAGAGCUUUGGGGAGAAAGGGCGUUCCUGCUAGCGUUUCGAAAGCAUGGACCGUAUCAUCCAAAUAUUCAGUUGCAUCAUGUGGAGUUCAAGAUUCUGCUAAAGCACUAUCUGCUGCGGUCAGACAUUUGCACGGAUUUUGCCCUGCUGCAGCAUUACCAACGGCAGAUAAAUAUCUCACUUUUUCAGGAGAUAGAUUGUUAAUUAGGUGUUUCCAUGCAACUCCAGAGCUUCAGAUAAGUUUUACGGGAGAUAAAUCCGCGGGUAUGAAGUCCAAGAACACGAAAGGGAAAUUCUCAAAGAGAAAGAAAGAGCCUAAACUUGCAGUUGAAACCCCUUAUGUGCCUCCUAGGCUAAAAAGAGCUGCAAAGUCUUUGCCAGAUAAAACGAUUGAAAUAUUUGAAGGCAUGAGCAUUUUAGAGCUUGCCAAGCGUUGUGGAGAGUCUACAACUACUAUUCAGAAUAUUAUCAUAAAUGUUGGGGAAAAAGCUGAUUCGGAGUUUGAUGCACUCAGCACUGACAUUGCAGAGCUGGUCGCGAUGGAAGUCGGAGUCAAUGUCCGUCGGCUGCACUCAGACAAAGGUGUCCGAAUGGUACCACGCCCUCCAGUAGUAACAGUCAUGGGCCAUGUUGACCAUGGCAAGACAUCUCUACUCGACGCCCUCCGCCAAACAUCCUUGGCCGCCAAAGAAGCCGGCGGUAUAACACAGCACCUAGGUGCCUUCGUCGUCGGCAUGCAAUCAGGUGCCUCCAUCACCUUCCUCGACACACCCGGCCAUGCCGCCUUCAGUGCCAUGCGAGCAAGAGGUGCAGCAGUCACAGACGUGGUGGUGCUUGUGGUGGCGGCAGAUGACGGUGUGAUGCCCCAAACCCUAGAAGCCAUGUCACACGCCAAAUCAGCCAACGUCCCAAUUGUUGUUGCAAUAAACAAAUGCGACAAAACAGACGCAAACCCUGAGAGAGUAAAAGUGCAGCUCGCCUCCGAAGGGUUGCUGCUGGAGGAGAUGGGCGGAGAUGUGCAGGUGGUUGAAGUUUCUGCGGUGAGCAAAAGCGGGCUCGAUACUUUGGAGGACGCUUUGCUGCUCCAGGCUGAGAUGAUGGAUCUUAAAGCACGCAUUGACGGUCCAGCCCAAGCUUAUGUGGUCGAGGCAAGGGUUGAUAAGGGGCGUGGGACCCUCACUACUGCAAUAGUGAAGGCGGGGACUUUAGUUUGUGGGCAGCAUGUUGUGGUGGGUUCUGAGUGGGGGAGAAUUAGGUGUAUUAGAGACAUGGCUGGAGAGAUGAUUGCACAGGCUACACCUGCCAUGCCUGUUGAGAUCGAAGGUUUGAAGGGUCUUCCUAUGGCGGGUGACGACAUUGUUGUAGUUGAGUCUGAGGAAAGGGCGAGGAUGCUCAGUGAAGGAAGGAGGAAGAAGAAGGAUAAGGAUAGACUUGUGAAGCUCGAUGAGGAGAGGCAGAAACUGGAGGAGGAGAUGAAAGUUCCGGAAGAUGAAGAGAAUGAGGACGAAGAUGACAAGGCUAGGAGGGAUGAAAAGUCGAAGAGGGUUGAAGUUCCGAUUAUCGUGAAAGCGGAUGUGCAGGGCACUGUCCAAGCUGUCAGCGACGCGUUGAAGACUUUGAACAGUGCACAGGUUGUUGUAAAGAUCAUUUAUGCAGGAGUUGGGCCGGUUACACAGUCCGAUGUUGACAUGGCACAAGCUUGUGAUGCGUGUGUUGUCGGAUUCAACGUUCGCGAUCCUCUAGGUGCAGUCAGCCAGUCGGCUAGUCAAGCCAAGAUAGAGAUAAAGUUGCAUCGAAUAAUCUAUCAUCUAUUGGAGGACAUUGGUAAUAUGAUUGUCGAAAAAGCUCCCGGAACACUGGAGACAAAGGUGGCCGGAGAAGCUCAUGUGCUGAGCAUAUUUGAGCUAAAGGGGAGGAGCAAAGCUAAGGGAGAUGAUGUGAAGAUUGCAGGCUGUAGAGUAAUUGAUGGUCGUUUCACGAAGUCGGCGACUCUGAGGAUUUUGAGAAGCGGGGAAGUUGUGUUUGAAGGGUGCUGUGCUUCUCUGAAGAGGGAGCAGCAAGAUGUGGAGGCGGUGGGUAAAGGGAAUGAGUGUGGGCUUGUGAUUCAAGAUUGCUCCAAUUUUCAGGUCGGAGAUGUUAUUCAGUGCUUGGAGAAAGUUAAUCGGAAGCCCAAGUUUGUUUCUUCGGAGAGUGGUGCUGUUCGAAUCGAGUGCUGACCUUUCGUUCCUUCGGAGCAUUUUUUGUCGAUAAACUAAAGAGGGUUUUUUUUGUUGUUGAAGUUUUAGGGUUUUGUCAAUUGCUAUAAGGCAAUUAAUUUUUAACUUAAAAAGUCCUAGUAGGCCUUCUAUUUAUGCUCAAUACACCCUUUCUUGGAAACUAGAGAAAUUUUUGUUAGUGACUAAAUGCUUCUUUAUAUACUAAGUUUGGCUCGAAAUAGAUGUCGAGAAACAAUUUUUGCGAUACAAAUAACCGAGUGUAUGCCCUCAA